UACGUCUACGUUGAACCCCAAAUCUCCACCCAAGGUCACGGCGGGGUCAAUCCCUUGCACGAGGUCCGGUCCGAUCCCCCAACCCUCCCCAGGUUGCCUCCCCAGACAGCAUGAUUGGUGGGAAUAACAUUUUCCGUCUCCGGUCCCUGAAUGGGUCUCCAGUACGAUGCGUUCUGACCACGGGGCUGCCCGGAAUCGGAAACUCUGUGGCGGUCCAGAAGUUCAUGCUGGAUUGGGCAGAGGAUCGGGCUAAUUUCGACAUUCAGUUUGUGUUCCCGUUUCCGUUCCGGGAAAUGCAGUCGCUGAGGGAGCGGAACAUAGUUGAGGAGAAAAACAUCAGUAUGUUGGAGCUGCUGCAGACGUACCACAAUGAGACACGCUCCAUGGACUUUCUGGAGCAGCCAGACUGCAAGGUGCUGUUUGUCAUGGACGGGAUCGACAUCUACCAGAAACAUCUCGAUUUCAAGAACACUCCUGUUGUGACUGACAUCAAGGCUGUUAUUCCCCUGGACUCCCUGUUGGUAAAUCUGAUCCGAGGCUCUCUGCUGCCGCACGCCCUCUUGUGGCUGACUGGGAGACGUGCAGCUACCAAUCAGAUACCUCCUGAGUACAUCCACCGUGUUGCUGAGAUACAGGGUUACAGUGACGAGCAGAAGGAUGAAUAUCUGACCCUGCGUUACUCAGACAAGUCUCUGGCUGCUAAGAUCAUCAGACACACCAAGAAGUCCCCCACCAUCUACACCCUGUGUCAUAUUCCCUUCUGCUGCUGGAUGGUUGCCAUGGUGUAUGAGAGGGGUUUCCGUAACUACGAGGACUAUGGAGACGAGCCCCCCAAGAUUACGUCCUUCUUCAUCCACUACAUGAUCAUCCAGAACAACCGCAAGCUGGAGAAAUACUAUGGGCAAAACCCCAACUCACAGAAAUGGACGGAAAUGGACAAGGUGUUCAUGUUGAAUCUGGGUUGCCUGGCUCUGAAGCUGUUGGACAAUAACCGCUCUGUGUUCUAUGAAGAGGACCUGAAUGAGCACAGUCUGGUGGUGAGGGAGGUGGCCUGGUGUUCGGGCCUGUGCACUGAGCUUCCCAGGGCAAAUGCCGAAGACAAGCGGGUCUUCUGCUUCACACACCUGAGCUUCCUGGAGUUCAUGGCUGCACAUUAUGUUUGGCUCACCUUCCGUCUGGAGGAGCGGAACGUUCUAGACCAGUCCCACCGCGUCUCCAAGCUGUUCAAGGAGCACUCUCUGGUGGACAUGUACCACAAAGCCGUUGACCGUUACCUCAGCGCUCCUGUCGGCCAGUACGACCUUUUCCUGCGCUUCCUGUGCGGUUUGUCCAUGACGCUCAAUGACGGUUUGCUCCGAGGGAUGCUGUUCCCCCAUAACGCCCCUCCACUGAAAGGUCUGGAGGAAGUGGUCAGGCUGCUGACCAAGAGGAAGGACAGUGCAGGGCCAGAGAGACAGGCCAACCUUAGCGAAUGCCUCCGGGAGCUGGAAACGUCUGAGGACUGAACAGCCUCCUGCUGUUAGCAAACAUGUUUGAUCAUUUGUCUCUGAUGCACAGAACUCUGUUUUGUAAAAAUGAAAGGUAAUGCAACUAAAGUAUUGGUGUUGUCUAUGUGCCCCGCUGAAACCAAAACAAUGAACAUUCAGUGUGUCUCAUCCAACUAGCAGACAGACCGAGAGAAAGAGAAGGGGCAUAAAUCACAGGUGUCUUACCAGAAAGAGUUAAUCAUUGUGUCUGAAGGAACUCUGUGACUGUGCUGAGUCUGUUAUAAGGACUAAUAUAUAACUAAUAUAUAACCCAUCAACUAGCAGUCGAAGAUAAAGACCACGGUGCUUGUUAGACUUGUGACAGUACAGCCUGUUCAUCCUCUACUCAACAAGAUGACUCACUGGAGGACGGAUGCAGACAGUAGUGACCCUCGUUGCAGAAUCUGUUAUGUAUUGCUUCUCCAUCACUGACACUAGCCAGCUAUACUUCUAGUUGUAGUACAAGAACAAUCAGGUAUUUAACAUUUUCAUUAUUCCUUUAAUUCAGACUUGAUGGAAAGGGAGUGUUUAUAUGUUUACACAUUUAUUUGUGUUUAAAUGGCAUGACUGUGUGUUUUGUAGUUUGGGUAUUGGGGUGAAAGGUGUACAGUAGAGCUGGGAGAUAUGAAAAAACAUUAUCCAUGUCACAAUAACUGUCUUAAUUAUCACGAUAAUGAUGAAUUGAACGAUGUUUAUUCAUCUGCAACAGUUAUGUUUUUAGAUGACCUUUAGUAGGGCUGACUCUUAGUCCACUGGUCCAUUGUUUGGUCCUUAGGCUGUUGGUCGUCUGAGAUUGUUUUAGUUGAGCAGUAAAACAUAUAUAUUUUCACCUAUCUCAGUGAACUAAUCCAUUGCUGAGGCCGAGACCAAAAGCCAAUUUAUGCUUGAUUUGACAAUGUGGUGGAGCCUCCAGAGGCCAACUGGAGCUCUAUACCGCCUCACUAUGUCCCUCCCAAAUGUUGUACCAAUGUGGAGGGCUCCGUGUAGCUCCACGAUGACAUGAUUGGUUGACGGUAGGUGAGGGUGGUACAUCCUGUAUAAACACGCCCUUGACAACAGCUCUGCACUGCUCCGUAAGGAGUAUGAAUGCCCUGAUUUCUGCUGAGGCCGUUCCUGCCCUGACUUGCCGUAUCAGCGUAAAUGCUGCAUGGCCAAUGCAGACGUCAGAUUGACUCUGCACCCAGAUGCACAAUGCACUUCUCUCUCCAGAAUGCACUUUUCUCCUGCCUAUUGGUGCACAUUUGUUUCAUAACUUCAUUGUCUGAGUUGUAUAUCACUUGCCCAUAUCACCAGUAGUAUGUUUACCGUUAAUUCCUAUGAUUUCUAAUCCACAAUGGUUGUUACUUUGGUUAUGGUAGUUUAUUUUAAUCCAUUGAGUAAUUUUCCGCUAGUCCUGUUCUCAUUGUCUGAGUGGACACAUUGUUUGCAUAUAAAUGUCCUCAUUUGGGGAUCUGAUAGUAUUUCUGAUUGGCUUAAUGAACCACCACUGGAGCUUCUCAAAGUGAUGUUUUCUUCACCUCAAACAAUUUCUGUAUUUACAUACAUUGACAAUUACAAUAGUUCCUCAAUGUAUUUGAAAAAUCCUUCCAGCUCUCGCCCUUUCGAUAACCACUCAGCGUGACAGGGAAAAUUCUCUGAUCCAGUGGGAAUUUCAUAAAAUAGUCUUCUCAUCAGUGCUUGACUUGGACUGAAAUAGUUGGGUCAGGUUUUUUUCUUCUGGUUAGCUAGAUCUCGGGUGCCCUCUUGAGGCAUCAACCCGCACGCUUAAAGAAUCAGACAAGCUCAAUGCAUAUAGUUGAUUUUAUUAAAACACAUGGUGUGUAUAAAAUGGAAAAAUACACGUUUAAAUGUUGAGCAAUUGAUUGGUCGAAAUAACAUGACUUUCGGUCAAGUAAGAUUUAUUUUUUUAGUCGGACAGCCCUAACCCUUACAACUACUUAAAUGUUGCAGCUGUCAAUUGUCCCAUGAACAAUCACCCAUAUUAGCAAACUUAUUUCUUUUAAAAAUUCACAUUUCUUUAGUAGGGCCCUAUAGGUUAUUUGGGUAAUUCUGCAGAAAUUAUGGAUUUUGAAGCGCCAACACAACUUUUAUUUUUUUUUACCAAACUUAGUCAAGUUAACCCUUUACUAAUUCUAAAUCAACAUAAAUGCCAUCUUAAUGUAUUUUAAUAUUUUUUGCCUUUUUGUCACGGGUGUUACCUAUAUUUUAGAUGACAAUUCAAGCUUUCCUGAGUGUAAUUUCACAAUUCAAUUUGCAUAUAUAACCAGACAAAGUUUAUGCUAAUACGAAGAAAUUCUUUUGAUUAUAAUUUAUUUUAAACCGGUCUGUGUAAAGUUCUAUUAUGCGACAUUUGUAUAUUUCUACCACUUGUUUUGUUUUAACAUCAGAAAUAAUUGAGGUUGAGUCAUCAAAAUGUGAUGAUCAUAUUCUAUUAAAAUGCUUACUAAUGAA